GGCCGGCAGGCGGCGGCAGCCCUCCUUCGGGGCUCUCUGAUUGGCUAGCCGCGCGCGGUGCGCUGGGUGUCAUUCCCCGUGGGGACCCCAAACACUGUCAGUGAGGCGCCGGGCGGAGGGGAGCGGCGGCAGGUACCUGUGAAGACACAAUGGCGACAGAGUCCCCGCGCCGCCCCAGCCGCUGCACUGGAGGAGUGGUGGUUCGCCCACAAGCUGUCACGGAACAGUCGUACAUGGAAAGUGUUGUUACGUUUCUUCAAGAUGUUGUGCCACAGGCCUACAGUGGAACCCCACCAGCAGAAGAAAAGGAGAAGAUAAUUUGGGUCAGAUUUGAAAAUGCAGAUUUAAAUGAUAUAUCAAGGAAUAUGGAGUUCCAUGAAAUACACAGCACCGGGAAUGAACCACCGUUACUGCUGAUGAUUGGGUACAGUGAUGGAAUGCAAGUCUGGAGCAUACCUAUCAGUGGUGAAGCUCAAGAGCUCUUUUCUGUCCGCCAUGGUCCAGUUCGAGCCGCACGGAUUUUACCAGCUCCCCAGAUCAGUGCUCAGAAAUGUGAUAAUUUCUCUGAGAAGCGGCCUCUACUUGGUGUGUGCAAAAGCAUUGGAUCUUGUGGCACAAGCCCACCUUACUGCUGUGUGGACCUUUAUUCGUUGCGGACAGGAGAGAUGGUCAAGUCCAUUCAGUUCAAAACUCCUAUUUACGAUCUGCAUUGCAAUAAAAGGAUACUUGUUGUAGUCCUGCAAGAGAAAAUCGCCGCCUUCGACAGCUGUACUUUCACCAAAAAAUUCUUCGUUACAAGCUGCUAUCCUUGCCCAGGGCCAAACAUGAACCCUAUUGCGCUUGGAAGCCGUUGGCUUGCUUAUGCAGAAAAUAAGCUGAUCCGAUGCCAUCAAUCCCGUGGUGGAGCCUGUGGAGACAACAUUCAGUCUUACACUGCCACAGUCAUUAGUGCUGCCAAAACGAUAAAGACUGGACUUACGAUGGUUGGGAAAGUAGUUACACAGCUGACAGGGACGCUGCCCUCAGGAGCAACUGAAGAAGAAAUUCUAGCUCAUAGCAACAUCCGUCGAAGUCCUCUGGUGCCCGGAAUCAUCACCAUCAUUGACACAGAGACAGUUGCAGAAGGGCAGGUACUUGUCAGUGAGGACUCUGAUAGUGAUGGUAUUGUGGCCCAUUUCCCUGCUCACGAAAAGCCUAUUUGCUGCAUGGCUUUUAACCCUAGUGGGAUGUUGCUGGUCACUACUGACACAUUAGGCCAUGAUUUCCAUGUUUUUCAAAUACUGACACAUCCUUGGUCAUCAUCACAAAGUGCCGUCCAUCAUUUGUAUACACUUCACAGGGGAGAGACUGAAGCCAAAGUACAGGAUAUCUCCUUCAGCCAUGACUGCCGCUGGGUUGUGGUCAGCACGCUUCGGGGCACUUCCCAUGUUUUUCCUAUCAAUCCUUAUGGUGGCCAGCCCUGUGUGCGAACACACAUGUCACCCCGGGUGGUAAAUCGUAUGAGCCGAUUCCAGAAGAGUGCAGGGUUGGAAGAGAUCGAGCAAGAGCUGACAUCUAAGCAAGGAGGACGCUGUAGCCCUGUUCCAGGCCUGUCAAGCAGCCCCUCUGGUUCUCCGCUCCAUGGUAAAUUGAACAGCCAAGACACUUACAAUAACUUCACAAACAAUAAUCCUGGAAACCCUCGACUCCUGCCUCUUCCAAGUUUGACUGUGGUGUUGCCUCUUGCUCAAAUCAAACAGCCAAUGACAUUAGGGACCAUCACCAAACGCACAGGCAAAUCCAAACCAGCCCCACAGAUUUCACCCAGUAAGUCUGUGGGGGGCGAGUUUUGUGUCGCUGCAGUCUUUGGAGCAUCAAGGUCAUGGUUUGCAAACAAUCCUGGUCUGAAAAGAGAAAAAGAUCAAUCAAAACAGUUUGUAGUGGAGUCGUUGUAUAUUAUCAGUUGUUAUGGCAGCCUGGUGGAGCAUGUAUUGGAACCACGUCCACUCAGCACUGCUCCGAAGAUCAGUGAUGAUACACCUUUGGAAAUGGUGACAUGCCCAAGAGCCAGCUGGACUUUGGUUAGAACUCCUCAGUGGAAUGAACUCCAACCACCAUUUAAUGCAAACCAUCCACUCCUCCUGGCUGCAGAUGCUGUGCAGUACUACCAGUAUCUUCUUGCUGGCUUGGUUCCACCUGGGAGCCCUGGACCGAUCACUCGACACGAGUCGUACGACAGCUUAGCAUCUGACCACAGCGGGCAGGAGGAUGAGGAGUGGCUCUCACAGGUUGAAAUAGUGACUCACACUGGGCCUCAUCGACGCCUGUGGAUGGGCCCACAGUUCCAGUUCAAAACAAUCCAUCCCUCAGGCCAAACUACCGUCAUCUCAUCCAGUUCUUCAGUGCUGCAGUCGCAUGGUCCAAGCGAUACCCCGCAGCCUCUUCUGGACUUCGACACAGAUGAUCUUGAUCUCAACAGUCUCAGGAUUCAGCCAGUUCGGUCAGAACCUGUUAGCAUGCCGGGGUCACCACGUCCAGUUUCUGAUCGCAGAGGAGGUUCAACAGUGAUUGAUGCUACCUCAGAAUCGUUCCUCCUGAAUGCCCAUGCUCUGGCUGGUUCAGAAGAAAACCUUCUUUUCCCACUGAGGUUAACCAAGCCUCCUUCUGUUUUGUUGUGCUCAGCAGUUAAGGCCAAAGUUUACAAGGAAGGUGCCUUUGACCGGAGCGUGACCUUGCUGGAGGUGUGCGGGAGCUGGCCUGAGAACUUCGGUCUCCGUCACAUGUCUUCCAUGGAGCACACUGAAGAGGGCCUUCGGGAGCGCCUGGCCGAUGCGAUGUGCGAAUCUCCCAGCAGGGACAUAGUGGGAUCAGGAACAGACACAGCCGGUGAAGUAGCAGUAAAAAACAUCACCACAAAGAGGCACAUGGCUUUGAAAUGUUUUGAGCUUCAGCGAGAGGGAAGCAUAGAGACGCUCAGUAACAGCUCUGGUUCCACCAGUGGCAGUAUCCCACGCAACUUCGAUGGCUACAGAUCACCCCUCCCGACUAACGAAAACCAGCCCCUCAGCCUUUUCCCCACGGGCUUCCCUUAAAUGAGCCGAACAUCCAAGGAGAGAUCCAGACAGGGUAACGAGCCGCUCUCCACCUGAACAAUCCCGAUGUGUCCAUCACCCAUCAGUCCACCACUGCACUGGAUGGUUCUCAUUACCCUGAUCAAUAUUGAUGACUCUUAAACCUUCCUCAAACAUACUCACAGAAUCUUGACUUUGUGUCCCUGUGCAAUAUGAAGAGACUCUGUCUUCAAUCCUGAUAGCUCUGCGGCUUCUUUUUUCGCUGUGUUCAGGAAGAGGUUGGUUGAGGAGAAAUAUUUCUAAGCCAUUUUUGGUCCAGCACAUGGUUUCACAACUGUUCUCUGCUUUUUCGUGUUGAGAGAUGGAGGGGAUCUCCCUAACUCGGAGGAGCUCUUGCCAUUUGCAAAAGUGCCGAGCAUUAACAAAUGAACUGGAGAGAGUGGAAACUGGAGAACUUUCUGUGGACAGGGUUGAUAAUGUUAUUCCUUCCUCAUUGCGUCUCCUUGCUGCCCUCCUUCCCUACUGAUGCUCAUCAAUGCCAGGAGUAUUACAAAUGGAAAUGUUUCUUUUCAUUCUUUGGAAGAAUUCUCUCUAUUGCUCCGGUUUUAUUCUAGUCUUGUAUUUUAGAAAUGUACUUAAUUGACUAACUGCAGUCACAAAUUUCUCAUAUUUGGUUAUAAAAGUUGUUCACUGGAACUCAGAUAUCUGUCCAGAAAUGCAUGUGUCAUUGAAUAAAUCUAAGUUAAACAAGAAACUGCUUAAA